AUGGAGGAGAGUUCGUUGGCGACGGGCAUUUCGUUGGCGGAGAAGAGCUUCACUCUGGAGGGAAUCCGGGACAACUGUCGCGUGGACGGGCGAAGCAACUUCGAGUUCCGGAAGUUGAGCGUAAGUACGGGUGUUGUUCCGACUGAGUUUGGCAGUGCGCGGGUAAGUAACGGUGAAGCGGACGUGAUAGUGGGUGUGAAGGCGGACCUGGUACCGCCGCGUUUGGCAGCACCAAGUCAUGGCGAGGUGUUUGUGAACGUGUCCUUUGCGGCGCCGGCGGCGGCAGAGAAGCGUCUGGUCGAGUUGGGAGAGUCGCACUCAGCCUGUGGGUUACGGUUAGGUUCUUUGCUUGCGCAAUAUUGCUUCGGCGAACUGGUCUUCCCCCGUACACUGCUGUGUGUAAAACCCGGCGUCUUUGUCUGGCACCUCUAUGUCGACGUUCUCGUCCUCGCCGUCGGCGGCUCGCUACUCGACCUCGCUUCUGUCGCCGUCGCUGCGGCUCUCAAAGACUGUCGCCUCCCUGCUGUCCAAGUCGUGGUCAAAACCGCCGCUGGCUGUGAAGGCGACGACGCUCAACUCGUCCGCCUCGUCGAGGCCGCCGGCGGCGGCGACGAGGCCGCGGCAGCGGACGGACUCGAACCUGGGGUUAUCCGAUUCCAGGAGGUGAGUGCGGGCGGUUUGUUUGACGUGCGGCUGGCAUCACUGCACCAAGUAAUGCGCUUCCGGAUACACAAGACCGAACGGCUGCGCGUACCCGGCUGCGAGAGGGUCCCAAUCCUUGUUGGUCUCGGCCUCGUCGGGAACCACGCCGUGGCGGAUCUAACGCAAGAAGAGGGACACACCGUCAGCCACCGCGUUUUCGCCGCUGUGGACGAGAGUGGACAAGUCGUCGGCAUCGGUAAAACCUCUGCAGGAUAUGUUGCCGGACUCACGUUGCCUGUUCUCUCCACAGUUGCACUUCGCGCACAGGCCUUGGGCAAACAAUUAUUUGAACAAGUACUCUCCGACGAAGAACUGGCAACACGCAGAACCAACAGCCUACGACUACUGCCCUCCCUAAUUUGA